AUUUAAUAACGUUAUUGUAUUGAUUUUUGUUAAUUAAUGAGGAGGCCCCUUCAUAGGUUUUAAAUGAUACAGAAAUGGACUCCUGCUCUGCUCCAAACGCAGCACAAAGUGGAAUUUAUAGCGAGCAUCUUAUCUUGAGAAAGAGUUUAAUCGUCAGCUGCUUUCUUAUUGGCCACCGUUCUCUGUAUCCAUCCUGGGGUGGGAUGCCUCCGACGCCUGCGCUAGUUAAAGUAAGCCGAGCACGAAGGCGCCUUCAGCGGAGAAAGAGUUAAAGAGUGACAUUUCAGUCUUGGUUCCUCUCCUUCUUUCUGAUUGGCCCGGUGAUGAAGGCGAGCCGCUGACGCCACGCCCCUUGCGCCCAGAUACCAGCUGCGUGGAAUGUCCGCACCGGCAAAACCCGAAUCCGAGUUGAGAAGUUGGUUUGGCGCCGGAUCAGAAAAGGGCCGCGGUUCCUCUGGGAAGAAAGAGGAGGCUGGGCUGAUGCAUCCUGUGCUGAAAGCCUUUUUUUGUGGUUCUGUCAGUGGAACAUGCUCCACCCUGCUCUUCCAGCCUCUUGACUUGCUGAAAACUAGGCUACAGACUGUGCAGCCAACUGUCAGUGGAUCAGGCCGUAUUAAGAUGAUAACUUUACUCCUCAAAGUUGCUCGUACAGAAAGUAUAUUUGGGCUGUGGAAAGGUAUUUCUCCAUCCUUUAUACGUUGCAUUCCAGGAGUUGGGAUUUACUUCAGUACCUUAUAUAUGAUAAAACAGCAUUUUUUGUGGGAACACUCUCCUACUGCCUUGGAAUCUGUUCUUUUGGGAGCAACCUCACGGACUGUAGCUGUUAUUUGUAUGUUACCCAUCACAGUAAUAAAAACACGGUAUGAGAGUGGAAAAUACAGCUAUAAAAGUGUGUAUGGAGCCCUGAGAAAUAUCUACCGGUCAGAAGGGGCCCGUGGAUUGUUUAGUGGCCUGUCAGCAACACUUCUACGUGAUGCACCUUUUUCUGGCAUCUAUCUGAUGUUCUAUACACAGACCCAAAAGCUUGCACCGUAUGGCCAACUAGAUACAACAGUUGCACCAUUAGUGAACUUUGGUUGUGGAACUGUGGCUGGAAUUCUGGCUUCUUUAGCUACUCAGCCUGCUGAUGUCAUCAAAACACACAUGCAACUCUCAUCUGAAAAAUACCUUCACACUGGACAGACUAUUGCCUUAAUAUUCAGGAAUUAUGGGCUGCCUGGAUUUUUCCAUGGUGCUGUUCCACGAGCUUUGCGGCGCACACUGAUGGCAGCAAUGGCAUGGACUGUAUACGAACAAAUGAUGGCUAAGAUGGGUUUGAAAUCCUAAGUGAUGUGGCAAGAACAAUCGCUCUACCUUUAUUUUUCCACUUACUGUGAUUGCUUGGUGAGACCUGUGUUUGGAGUAAUCUUAUGUGAAAGGUGACUUGAUUAGGCAGUUUUUCUCUAUAUACUGAAUUGCCGAAACAGUGGCUCAGAAUAUGAGUGAAUGGAAUAGAAUAAUGUGACAGCACGGGGAGAUAUUUCAGGAAACCUAUGCCAUACUUGGAAAUGGCAUGGACUUUUGUCUGUUUUGUGGUGUAGUAAGUACCAAUAGAAGAGAAUAUUUUUAGCUCAGGGUUGAACAGUGGGGUCCUUAAUGCUCUCUGAACUUGGUGUUUUCCUACAGACAUUUCAUUACCCAACUAGGCAACAUCAUCAGUGCAAACCAAGAAUCCCAUUGUUUAGUAAGUAUGAAUUGUCCUACAAAGCCAUUUUACCCACAGGAACUUUUUCACCCUCUACUGUGAUGUCUUUAUUCAAUGAACUGUUGAAUACUUUUUGCAGUUGAGAUUCUAGAACGUAGAAACAUUUUUUUUGCUGAUUUCAAUCUCCAGAAUUGUGUGCUGCGUUUUUUCUCUGCUUUCAGUAUUGCUCCUAUUUAUAUACACAACCAAAAAAUUCUGAGGGAAGCCUUGCAAAGGAUUUCAUCAAGAAAAUCUCAUUCGCUGUUUGCUUGAUACAAUUGUUAAAGUAAAAAAAAUCAAUGCUAAACUAAAAGACUACAUUUGACAUUUUGAUUAAAAAUAACACUAAGAUAUCAUCUUGCCAUUUCUGAAGCAGUUUUCUUCAAUCUUGCUUCCUCCAGGUUUGUUGGCACUGUGGCUUUCAAAAGUGCUAUUUAAUAUAGCUAGAGUUGCAGUUCCAGCAUAAAUGGACAGUUCUGGGUUGUGGAAAUCUUUUCCUUAGAGUCUUAAUUCUGCCAAACUCAUAAUGAAACAUGGCUUCGGUGUUCUAUUUAAGAUUAAGUUAGAGAGUUGAAUAUUGCAUGUAUUACUUUUGAAGCUGUGGUAAUUAAUACUGCCAAAUAAUGAUGGGCUAAACAUUCCAUCAGUAAUUAAAUGGCACAGGCAUAGGAAUUAUAAUCCAAUAGUAUAUGGAGGACCAGAGAUACCAAGCUAGUACUAAAAACUGCUCCUGAGUUACUGUUUAAUCAAGACUCAUCUUGCUUUUUUCCAAAUAGAAUAUACUUGGCCCAUUCUGUGCACUCCUUACUCCAAAGAUCAGUCUUGAAAAUAGGCUGGAAUGAUACCCUUAACAUUUUUAGAAGACUAGUUCAAUGUCUUUUGCAUAGCUAAUGAAGGCAGAAAACUAUUGUUGGAAAAGUGGUCAUUUAAAGCUAUUUCCAGGCAGUUCUGCUGAUUAACAGCAAUGCUUUCCUUGGGGUAAGAAAGCUCUUUACCUCCAAAGAUCUGAAGCCUUGAAAUCUACAAGAGGACUUACUUGUUUGGGCUGUGAAGGAAUUCUGACAUGUUUUAAAUGCUUGUCUUGGAUUAUUUUAUUAUUAUUAAAAUCUAUUUUUUUAAAAAUGCUUCCUCCUGGGAAAUUUUUAUCACUUUUGGUUCUUUUACACUUUUGAAGUGAAACGCCUGAUACUUACUGUUAAACCUAAUCUUUUAAAUAGCUUCUGAAUACUAAGUUGGUUAUAAACGAGCAUAGUGUAAUACUUAUCACUCCUCUCUGCCACAGAUCGUGAUGUUGUUACAGGCAGUAUUUAGAUAGCAUGCACAAAGGAAAGGAAGGAGGGUAAUUAUAAUGCAGCAUCAAAAUAGCUCCCUAAGAAGGUGGCUUGCUCAGGAAGAGAGUGCAGAUUUAUGUGUAAGGUUUAAAUGCCUAUCCAAAAUAAGACAAUGCCAUGCAUUUAAGAGUUGGUGCUAGGAUUCAAGAGGAAAUAAAACUAUUAAGUCCACCAGCAAAGCUUUUUUAAAGGUAUUUGGAAAGCAUGAACCUGGCUUUGCUAGAGAUCAUGUAAGGAAUCACUCAUUCUGCUUUAUGUUUGACCAUAUUGAGAACGGAAGAAGUUUAUAGCCUGAAAUCUCAGCAGCAGAAAGAAACCAAUAAUGUUUUUGAAAUUAGAGUUUUGGGCUUCUAGGGCAGACACCAUGGUAGUUACCUAUGCUGUUUCUCCUGCACAUACAUUUGAUAUAUGUGCUUCACAAGUUGCUUGAACACUAGUCAACCAUGUUUAAGAAACUAAGUUCCGUGGAAUUGAACCUAAGCAGUUUCAAGUCACAUCUGCCCCAAAGGCUGACAUAGUCUCUAGCCUUAUCUGAGAACUUUUUAAAAAAUAAAUUGGAAAUAACAAUGGUGUUUGCUAGCAAUGCAGCUUACUGCAUUUCUUUUUCACUAAAAAAUUCAAAUAGGAGACUUUUAACAGUGCAGUGCAAAGAAAUAAUUUACUGUUGGAUUUGAAUCACAUAUAUAUGCUGUGAUUUCAGAACAGUUUUUUCUAAAAAAAUAUGUGUAACUCAAGAUAUGUGCAACUCAAGAACAUUAUUUAUUUGUAUCCCACCUUUAUUAUUUUUACAAAAUAACUCAAGACAGCAAACAUACCCAAUACUUUGCUCUGUCUAUUUUCCACACAACUGCCCUGUGAGGAGGGUUGGGCUACGAAAGUGUAACUAGCCACAAAUCAUCCAGCCAGCUUUCAUAGCUAAAGCGGGACGUGAACUCAGUCUUUUGCUUUGUAGCCUGGUGCCUUAACCAUUAGAUCAAACUGGCACUCAGGUUAGUAUUUUUAAGACAAAAUAACUGGAAUAAAAAUAGUGCAGAAUUUGAUGCACUCUAGAAGCUAGCAUGCUGUCUGCUGAUAAACUUAUCAGCAACUCCCAGGUGAUUGAUUGGUUGGGUGAAGCUAUUUCUUAUUAUCAUGACAAGACCUGGAUAUUUCUUGGAUAAAAAAAUGGAACUAGUUGCAUGUGUUAGUAAGAGUUUCUUUUGCAUAGGUUUUUUUUUUAAAGUAAUGGUGUAAUACAUUUCUUUUUUAAAAAAGCAUUUUUUAGUUGGAUAUCUUAGAAAAACCAUGUAUUUUUUGAUAUGCUGUUCUGUCUUAAAUUUCACAUUUUCUAACAGGGCAAUGUCUUUUAUUAGGUCAACUAAGGUAUCUAAUCAGUGUGGAAGCAUUUAAAUUAUAGAAAUAAAAGUAAAAAUUAAAAUUACACUUCUAUUGAGCGACAAAGCCAACAGAAAUAAUUAUUCCAGGAAAUUCUUACUUUUCCACCUGACAACAUUCAUUUCCAAAGGAUGAAUGAAAGACCAAUGAGAUCAGCUGUUCUUGGUUUGAUACUAGCCAAUAGGAAAAACCUUAUUGAGGCAGAUCAAUAAUAAUACUGAGGAAAAAAUAGUAUCCUGCUCAUGGCCACAAACAGCAUGAAAGCACUCUGCACAUGACCAAAAACACAUGUUUGUACGGAGUGUCACAGCAAUGUACCCUUCCCCCACAGGGCUCGCUGGAUGAUUUCUUUUUGUUUCUGGUCACAUGCACAAUGCUUUCCACGGGUUUCUGGUCAUGUGCAGAGUGCGUUUGGAUCAAGAGUCACAGCAAUAUUCCCUCCAAAGCCGACAUCAAUGCUAUGAAAAGAGUAAUGCUGAGGGUUUUUUUUUAGCUUGGACUCUAAACAUUAGUGUUCACACAGCCCCAUUUCUGUGGUGCAUCAGACUGCAGCUAAAUGGAGCUGCAAACUUUGAAAUCUGCUUGACGUGAAAUAAUUUGAAUGCAUCUCAAAAUAAAUCUUUUUACUUUAAACAAAAGCUGACAUCCCACCCCAUGCUUCCCAAAGUUGUCCUUAUUUUCAGAGCAAAUCACCCUCAAAAAUUAAGCAAUGUGGCUUUAAAAAAAAAGCUGCAAGUGGCGGGAGCGUCCCAUUUUGCCAUCUCUCUCCUCAACCGUUGUGUCUGAACAUUGCCUCCAACCUCACUCUCUGCCCAUCCCUGGCCCCCUCUGACAGCCUGCUUGUUCGCCCGCCCAGCUCCAUCCAGCACCCACAGUGAAUUAUCUCCGCAGCGAAGUUCUGGUAUUGAGAUGUCCUGCAAAGAAAUGGUGGCUGUGAGUUUGCACUUGAUGGUGAGAAGACUGGUUGUGUCGUGCUAGCAGUUUUGAGUCAUCCUAGACUCCUUUCAGUUCAGUGCUAGAGAUAUGAAUAUGUAAAAUGUGAAAAACUACUGCAGUCCUUCUCAUGUUCCAGCCAGCCAGUUAUGCUUUCCUAAACUAUUUCUUUAGGAUAAUUCAUAAAGUACUUUAAAUGCAAAUUGAAAAUUUAAAAAUUAAAAUAAUUUAUUGCA